ACAAACAGGAAAAAGACCGGAUGUGCACAAGCGCACAUCGUAAAGAUGGAAUGACAUCAGACGCAACAACAGCUGUAAUAACUUUUCAUUAGAAUAACUUAAUGUCCUCUCUGCUGCCUACCGGCUGGAUUCGGGAAACAUGGCGGACGAGCAGCAGCUGCGGGCCUUCAUGUUCCUCAUGACGUACAUGCUGCAGAAGCGCCGCAGAGACAGAAACAACGCGGACGUCCAGCGGCGCGAUGAGAUCCAGAGACGCGUCCGACACCGACAGUACUUCUUCCAGAGACAGAGGAGGAUGCUCAUGAUGAUGAUAGCAGGAGGCAUCCGCUCCAACGUCCGCAUCCGCACACGUCCCUGGACCACCACUCAGAGCACUGAUUGGUGGGAGCGCGUGGUGAUGACAGAAUUCCAGCCCUCUGAUUGGCUCGAUAAGUUCCGCAUGAGCCAGGAGACAUUCUUCUACCUGUGUGACAAACUGAGGCCCCGUCUGGCUCGCCAGAACACCAGCUUCCGCCUGGCGCUGCCGGUGGAGAAGCGCGUUGCCGUGGCUUUGUGGCGCCUGGCAUCAAACGUCGAGUACCGCACCAUCAGCACUCUGUUCGGCGUGGGCAAGUCCACCGUGUGCCGGUGUGUCAGAGACAUGUGUCACGCCAUCGUGGCGCUCCUCAGCUCGGUCUACCUGCGGCCGCCCAACGAGCAGGAGCUGGAGGAUUCAGCCCAGCUCUUCCUGUCCAACUUGGGCUUCCCUCACUGUGUUGCUGCCGUAGCAACACUCCACACAGCCAUCAUCACUCCAUCAAACAAUGCGUCGGACUAUGCCAACCCUGCCGGCUGGCUCUCAGUGCUGUCUCAGGUGGCUGUCAGUGGCCGGGGGCAGUUCUGGGACGUUUGUGCCAGUUUCCCAGGCGGGACAGACCCAGCUGAAAUCUUACAGAACUCAUCACUGUGGGCCACAGCUGCAGAAGGAGGACUGUCGCCUGCCCCGCUAUCUAUCUUCAUGGGAAAACCACUCAGGUACGUGCUGCUGGGGGAGGCCUGCUACCCGCUCCAGAGCUGGCUGAUGAAGGCUUAUCCCGAGGACAAGGGCAGGGGGGCAGGUCGCACGGCGCUGACGGAGCCGCAGCGGCUCUUCAACCGGCGACUCGCCGGGGCGCUCCGUGUGUCCGAGGAGGCGCUGCUGAGGCUGAGGGCGCGCUGGCAGUGCCUGAGCAAGAGGAACGACUGCGGACUGGACGUGGUGCCCACCAUGAUCCUGGCUUGCUGCAUUCUGCACAACAUGUGCGAGUCGCACAGUGACGCCUUCAAGGCGGAGUGGCAGGUGGAGGUGGCCGAGUCAGAGAGCCCUCAACCCGGCCACAAGCUGCUCCUCUCAGGCGGCAUGGACCAAAGUCAGGCUGAGGACGUGCGGCACCUCUUCUGUGACUAUUUUGAACACUCGAAUAACUGAUAAGACUAGUACUAUUUAAAAAAUGUUUUUAAAUCUUUGUACUGGCUUGUGCUGUCGAGAUGGAAAUGUCAGUCUGUCACUUGUAUCUUUAUGCUAACUGUUGCCAGGGAUGUUUAUGCAUUUCACCCUCCGACUGCUGUAAAGAUGAGCCACAUCUCAUAUUCGGGUGCCACCAUUCGUCCAAACAAACAUGGGAAAAAUUGUAUUUUUCCCAUUUUGUUUUUUUUAAUCUAUCAAAACAAUUGACUUGUAUCAUGUAUUACACCUUUUCUAUGUCUUCAGAUAUUAUGUACAUUUUUAUUUAGUGCGUCAUUGUAUAAUUUAGAUAUGUUUGAUGUACAGUCCAGAAUAAGUAUUUGGCCAGAUUUUUGACUUUUUUAAAGCUCUGUGCUGCCUUCAGUUUGAAGUUUCAGCUUAAAUUUUAGAACCUGCUGCCACUGACCUGCCAAAGCUUCUGUAUGCUGAUGAACACUACUUAACUUGGAUUUUCAUCCUUAAAUACUUUUAAAUUGUGAAUUUGACGGCGCAACUUUUUAAACUAAAUACCUAAGGUUAAGUGUUUGUCAUGUAAGAUGCUGAGGUUCAUCAGCCCAGCUGUUGUAAACUGCAGAUGACCAAUAACAGAUAUAGACCUCAAACAUAGAAGGCUACUAGUCUUGGCUGGUCACUGGCUGCUGUGGCAAACGUGGUGGCACAGAAAACUCUAAAUAAAAAUUGAAAAUGAUUGCAAA